AUGGCCGAGCCCAUUCGUAGCAAGCGACCCGACGUGACGGCUCCCACGCCGCAGAACACGCCCGCGAGCAAUGCGCCCAUCUCCUCGCACGCCCAACAGCCUGGCGUCGCCAGCAUCAUGGAGGAGGACAUGGACCGUGCCGCCGCGGCCUCCAUCUUUGCCCAGAACCCCAAGCUCGUCCAGAUGAUACAGGGCCGGCUCGGGUCCCUCAUCGGCCGCUCCUCGGGCUACAUCGAGUCCCUUCCGACGCCGGUCCGCCGCCGGGUUGCCGGUCUCAAAGGCAUCCAGAAGGACCACUCCAAGCUCGAGGCGGAAUUCCAGGAGGAGGUGCUCCAGCUGGAGAAGAAGUACUUUGCCAAGUUCACGCCUCUGUACGAGAAGCGGUCCGACAUCAUCAACGGCAAGGUGGAGCCGACCGAGGACGAGGUCAAGGCUGGCGAUGACGAGGAGCAGCUGCUCGGCGCCGAGGGUGCCCCUUCCGAGAGCGCCCCCAAGCAGCCGGACAUGGCGGAGAACGUGCCCGGCAUCCCCGAGUUCUGGCUGUCGGCCAUGAAGAAUCAGAUGACGCUCGCCGAGAUGAUCACGGACCGCGACGAGGCGGCCCUCAAGCACCUCGUCGACGUUCGCAUGGAGUACCUCGACAAGCCCGGCUUCCGCCUCCUCUUCGAGUUCGGCACCAACGAAUUCUUCUCCAACAAGAUCAUCACCAAGACGUACUUUUACCAGACCGAGAGCGGCUACGGCGGCGACUUCAUCUACGACCACGCCGAAGGCGACAAGAUCGAGUGGUUCCCCGGCAAGGAUCUCACGGUCCGCGUCGAGUCCAAGAAGCAGAGGAAUAAGACCACGAAGCAGACGCGCAUCGUGAAGAAGACGGUCCCCACCGAGUCCUUCUUCAACUUCUUCUCGCCGCCCAAGGCGCCCACCGACGACGAGGACGAGGCCGACGAGGACGACGAUAUGGCUUCGGACAUUGAGGAACGUCUCGAGCUCGACUACCAGCUCGGCGAGGACAUCAAGGAGAAGUUGAUCCCUCGUGCCGUCGACUGGUUCACGGGCGAGGCUCUCGCCUUUGAGGAGAUUGACGACGAAGACCUCGAGGCUGGCGAUUUCGAAGACGUGGAGGAUGACGACGAGGACGACAUGAGCGAGGACCACGACGAAGAGGACGAGUCGGACGAGGAUGACGACUCAGGAAAGCCCAAGCAGGAGGCGGCAGAGUGCAAGCAGAGCUGA